GGUCGAGAAAAAGCACAUCAAGCCUAUUUGUUAAAAGUACUAUAAUUUGUCAAAUCGGUCUUUUACAGCAAUAGCACAGAAUCCAAUCAAUCCAUUCUGCAUUGUGGUGUGGGCAUUAUAACGAAACUUCGUGACGACGGAAACGUCUACAGUGCAUCAGGUGCGCCGGGGGACUGACUUACGUAAUGUGUGGAUAAGUAUUCUUAAUAUGCGUCGUUGACUGAGCAAGAUAUUUGGCGAGUAUAGCACUACGAUGAAUUGUUUCAUCACUAGAGGUAGCGGUCACUUACUUGUACGAUAGUUGCACACCAGACGUAGGUAACGAAUCUAUUGUAGUACUUUCUCUAUGGUGGAGGCGAGCCUGUAAGAUUGAGUCAUGCAUUAAAUUAGGAAGUAAAAUUCGAAGAGCCUGAGUUGGACCUGUCCUCAUUUGUUAUCUAGAUCUAAACAAUGUUUUACGUUCGUCUGUAUUUGCACAGUGACGCCGCCCUCUAGCGAGGAACUUCAGUGGUUAGAAAUCUGGAAACUGAAAAUUAUUUCAUAAAGAAAUGUGUAUUACAUGCAUAUUGCGGGUAAAAACAUUAAUGGCGAACUUCACGCCUUCGAUGGUGACACAGACGGUGCGACUGUGACUGAUGUACUCGCGUAAAUAAUAGUCCUGAUUUUAGAUUCUAUAUGUAGCAGCCAUAUGGCGUUAAGAGAACCAUGUCUGCUUCGAUUUUUACGGUUAUCUUUGAUGUAAAUUUCAUUUGGAGGAACGAAUUUUCCUCAGUGUGCGUAAUGCGGUGAAGAUGGGAAGCAAUCUCAGAACUGAUUUUAGACGACGUUCACGUUCGGUUCGAAUGGGCAAUGCUUCUUUGGACCAUCUUUUGAUAUUCUAUAUCGUAUAGCUAAUACCUUUCCUCACUGCUGCCGCCUCUAUCUAUAUCUCCUGCUAAGUGGAAAUCGUUUUGUGUGACCGUCUUCAGAUGCAGCCACUACCUCUCCGUGAGGUUGCAGUGACGCAUUGAAGAAAUUCGUUAAAGUCGCUAAUCUGAACCUUUUUGUCAGUCGAGGAGGCGAUUUGCGUUAUAGCGAUAACUUUCUUUCGUUGUUGCUUCACGACCAUAUUUCCAAUUUCAGGUAGUAUCUAUUUGUUUAUUAGGUGACUGAUACUUUACUAUCAUAUGGAAUUCUCUAGUCGCAUAAACAAUGUUCUCUGAACCAUAUGUCUUAUUGUAAAUUAGUCUUUUUAAUCUCUACAAGGAAGUGAAACAGCAUAGCUAGUUAUGAGUUUUGUAAAUUGGGCGUGUUGCAGGAAAUGAAGGAAAGUAUAGACAAUAGAUAUCGUAAGAUGUACCACUUGAAACAUUCAUCUUGCUUUUGAUGUGUAUUUAAAAAUGGCCGGCCGGCAAUCAUCGCUAAAAUAUUCGGCAAGUAGUGGGAAAGAUUUGGUGAUCCGCACCCAAGGUCGCUUUGCUUUGCUUCCAAAGAAAGUUAACUUGGUGAUUGCUUUCUGUUUCCCGGCUGCCAUUCGACGUCUGCGAUCAGACCUAUAUUUCGUGAGUACCGAUGGCUCAGCGAAGGUGUUUUCUGUUCGCAAGAUUUCUAAAGCUGAUUUUUGCUAUUCUACGAUUGCGUCAUCCAAAACAAGAUCAACUGCGAUGACAUCAGCGUUGUAAACAAGAGACAAUUUAUUAAUCUGCAAACGUUUUUAGAGGGCAACAACGACCGGAAGCUAACGAAGCGUUGUUCCUUCCGCUUCGAAAUUUUCGAUCACGAAUUAAAAUUAAGACGUCUCUUUGCGCUUAGAAAGGCCCGUUGUUGCCUUAAUACGAAAUGUCUUAAAACGGUGACAUUUUUUCGUGAUCUUCUUCCGUCCCUUAAUUCGCUACUGCAUGUAUCUACAACGCUCGUUGCUAUGAAGCCAAUCGGCUAUGCGUGAUUUAACAAUGCUCCGCUUCUUUCUCGCUCUCCUAUUCGACUAAGCCAAUGCAGUUUUUUCUUAUUUUCCCUAGCCUGUAGUUCUAUGCUUACUAGUUGGUUUCCUCGAUCAUCAUCGUCGCGAUCUUCCCGGUCGGAUAUUCUCUGAAAAAUGUCAAUUGAGUCUGAGCGUGCGCGAGUACUACUGUCGUAGUUCGGCAUGCACACGCGUCCACAGAUUCACACAGAUACGUCUGUGAAGGAUAAGGUACUGGCUUACGGCUAAAGGAAAUUAAAAUACAAUGCGAUGACGGCAGAUCUUCAGAAUGGAAAGCAAAAAGAAAAGACGAAAACCCCGAGCAAAUGCUGUUGUUGCAGCUACAAAGUCUGUUCUUUGCUGCUUUUCAUACUGUCAUUCAUUAUGACAGUGACAGCCGUCGUUCUUCAGAGCCAGUUCGAUGCGUUCUUUGAUCGUGCCCUUAAGGACCAGAUGCAUCUCGGUCCUAGCGGUCUCGUGUUUCCGGCCUGGAGAGUAUCCGAUCUGAGGAUGCGUAUGCGCGUAUACUUCUUCAACAUCACGAAUCCGGUUGAGGUCCAAUUGGGCGACAAGCCAAUUCUCAAUGAGUUGGGACCCUACACAUGGCGGAUCUAUAUGGAGAAAUUUGAUAUCAAGUUCCAUGAAAAUAGUACGCUGAGCUAUAGGGAAAAAAAGUGGUACCAGUUCCUUCGAGAGGAGAGUAUAGGCGGCUAUAAUGAUAUAAUAACUACCGUUAAUGUACCCUAUGCCGCUGUUGCACAACGGCUUAAGGACGGUGGAACAGUUGCUAAAAGUACAGCUACCUUUACUUUGAAUGGACUCGGGCAGACGGUAAUGCAUGCAAAGCAAGUUGGUGAACUCACGUUUGAAGGAUAUCCGGACUUCCUUAUCCUGGUGGCAAACGCUGUCGAAGCCGGCAAAAAAGAGGAUUCAGGUUUUGGAACCAUUUUGGGUACUGGUCUUCGCAUCUUCACCAACGUGCUAGCAGCCGAACCUGACGUACAGGGCAGUUUUGGCUAUUUCGUUGAUCGAAACAAUACGGAUGACGGCAUAGUGACGAUCUUCACCGGAGAGGAUAACCGUCAGAAGAUUAAUCGUGUCAACGUCGUUAACGGGCACACAGAACUCACAACAUGGCCGCAGCACAAAUGCAACAAAAUAAAAGGCACUAUGGGUCAUCUUCGGCCGCCGAUGAGUUCGCGCGAGAAUCCGCUUCUCAUCUUUGUUCCCGAUAUUUGUCGUUCGUUACCUCUGCGUUACGAGAACGUGAGCGUGUACGAAGGCCUUUCUACCUUGCGCUUCGUCGCGGGCAGAGAGACCUUCAAUAAUUCCGGUCCCGAUCCAUGUUUCGCUGGUUCGAGGAAAUUCAAAAGCGGUGUGAUGGACAUUGGACCUUGCAAAAAGGGCGCUCCGCUCGUCAUUUCAUUUCCGCAUUAUUUGUUUGCUGAUGAGGCCCAUCAGAAUUCCGUGAUCGGCCUAAAUCCACGAAAGGAAGCUCAUCAGUUCUAUCUCGAAAGCGACCCCUUGACCGGUGUUACGGUUUCGGUAAGAGCGCGAUUUCAGGUGGGAGUCGUCAUGGAGCGCGUACAUGGCCUAGGAAAUCUCGGAACAAUAUUCGACGGCACCAUCCCAUUGUUUUGGCAAGAGCUCCAACUAGAAGCACUUCCACCAACUGUCUUUCAGCUCAGCAUUCUUCGACAACUUCCUAUUUAUGCUAAACAGACCGCCUUGGUACUCAUCGGUACGGCUAUCCUCAUCAGUUUGAUUGCUGUCUUUCUCGUUUAUCGGUACGUUCAUUCUACAUACGUACUUUAGUUUGCCACGUUUCGGUUGCCCUAUAACGUUAUUUUGCAAAAUACGUACAAAGUGUAUGUUUGAAGGUUGAACGAUGCUUGUGUUUUUUUUUUGGUGUACUAUUCAUUUUAGUUGCUAGCAGUCGUGUCUAUCUAGAGCGAAGCUUUGUGAGCCUCACUCUGUAAUGCUCUAUUAUCAUGGUUAAUUCAGUCAAAGUUAUACGCUUCAUUGAUCAGUUUCCUUUUUCUAGUUUACGUACAAUUGAACGGUAAAAUGCUAUCUGUGUUAUGUAAUAGUACUUAACCAAAAUUAAUCAUAUGUAAAAUCUCUCAGUGUACUUAAAGGCACAUUACUCCAUUAGCACCGAAAACCUAUCCACUGAUAUCGCUGCACGCGUCGACAGCAGUAACGGUGGUCAGCUUUUCCCCAGACGAAAAUAACUCAUCAAAUUUCCCCCUACUUAGCUUAAGCUUAGUGGUUUUCGAUAAGCUAAAUGGCUGUUACCAUCAAUUCCGUCCAAAAGGCUCCAACACAGAGGCCAUAUUCCAAGAUAAUAAGUAAAUAAAGCUGUAGGUACACAUAGUGAGAUACAGGUGUCCGACAAACGGUGGCAUCUGGCUCGCAAGGCGCUACUUUUUCUAACGCAAGCGUGACACGAGCAAAGAAAAGAAAUUAAAGGAACAUUUUAUAAUAACAAAUAAAUGAUCUACUUGAAUACUGAAGCGUGCAGUGGGAAAAUUGCUCAAAAUCUAACAAUGCCUUACUCAGAAUAAUUGAGCCAUAUAUAUAUAUAUAUAUAUAUAUCUGCAUAGCUAUCAUGUAGCAGUGACGAUCCUCCAGUUUUCCCUUCUCCAAUCAAAUGUACUCUGUGACAUAUAGAGAGCUCGUGUUUAGGGAGACAUAAGCGCUACGGCGCCAUUGUCAACACUCCCUCCCUCAGAAAGAUUUGUUUCAACAAGUGUGAAUAUUCGUCAUGAUGGCUAUUUUCUGUUAUUUCAAAUUGUUAUGAUAAUACAUCUAGCGAGCUUUCUACAUGCUAGAGAAAUGCAUGCAGAAGACUGAUGUUGAUGUUUUUUUUUUGUAUUAGUUAACUAAUUAGACGACUCAAUAUGAAUGGGAAUAACCCGAUGCACUUCGGCUGAAGCGUCUCCUAAGGCAGUAUUUAUUCAUGGAUUGCUUAAGUUAUGAUGAUGAUGAUGAUGAUGAUGAUGAUGAAGAGGGGUGAUAGUCGUGCAAAAGGGAACAAGUGAACGAAAGAAAGCAGGACAGAUAAGAAACAGAAGUAAAUAGAUAAUUGUAAUCAUACCAUUAAACACAGAUUAGAUCACGUGUUUUUGUUUGAUUGUAUUUGUAAAUACUUCAAUCAUUUUUGUUCACAUAAGCGAAAGUGUGCAAUUGAUACAUGCUUGUUCAUAUAUAGAUGUAAUGUAUAAACUGUCAAUUAGAGAAAAAUAAAAGGCAAAUAAAGAGGCGUGCGAUAAUUUUGUUA